AUGGCCGCUCGUCAUUUCGCAACACCCAUCGCCGCGGGCGCAGUCCUCCUCGGCGGGGGCCUCUACGCCUUCAACAGACACGUCAAGCCCGAAAACCCUGCCGGCGACCCGGCCCAGCAAGUCUUUGACACAAACAAGCCCCGCCCGACAGCCGACGAGGUCGCCAACAAGAAGCAGCAGGCUGACGCGAAACGCGAUCUCGGCAUGGGCGGCGCCGGCGUGGGCAUGAACCAGAUGACCGGCGGCACCGACAUUGGCUCCGGCCUCAAGAGCGGCAACACGGACAAUCCGAACCGCGACACGCCCAAGGGCCCGAAGGACAAGUUCCCGUCGGACGCGGGGGCGAUUGGCGGUGGGCAGGGACGUGGGAAUGCGAAUAGCAGGGCGAUUGAGACGCAUGGCCCUGGGUCGAGCGCGGGUGCGAGUAACACUGAGGGAGGCAUCUCGCAGAAGCUGGGGAGCAUGUUUGGCACGGGAGGCGGCAGUCAAGGGAAGGAGAGGCAUCAGAGGCCGGUUGAUACCAAGGUUGCGAGCCAUAUGGCUGAUACCCCGACGAACCGUGGAGGAAGCCCGUGGGAUAAGCAUCGUAAGGAUGUUACGGCGGCGGCUGCGUCUAACCAGUCAUGA